AUGAAAGGCAGUAAUAGAAAUAAAGAUCACUCAGCAGACGGAGAAGGGGCUGGAAAACGACCAAAACGAAAGUGUCUUCAGUGGCAUCCAUUGCUAGCAAAGAAACUGCUUGACUUUUCAGAAGAGGAGGAAGAGGAAGACGAAGAGGAGGAUAUUGAUAAGGUUCAACUUCUUGGGGCCGAUGGCCUAGAGCAAGAUGUUGGUGAGACUGAUGAUGAAUCACCAGAACAACGAGCCCGGAGACCAAUGAAUGCAUUUCUCUUAUUUUGCAAACGUCAUCGCUCCCUUGUACGACAGGAACACCCCCGGCUUGAUAACCGAGGUGCUACCAAGAUACUGGCUGAUUGGUGGGCUGUUCUAGAUCCAAAGGAAAAGCAGAAAUACACAGACAUGGCCAAGGAGUAUAAAGAUGCAUUUAUGAAAGCGAAUCCUGGCUAUAAAUGGUGUCCUACCACAAACAAGCCUGUGAAAUCCCCAACACCCACUGUUAAUCCACGAAAGAAACUGUGGGCCUUCCCAUCUGAGUCUUCAAGAGAUUUGCCAAGCCCCAAGAAAGCAAAGACCGAAGAAAUGCCUCAGCUAAACUUUGGAAUGGCUGAUCCUACUCAGAUGGGAGGCCUGAGCAUGCUACUUUUAGCUGGAGAACAUGCUCUUGGAACAUCAGAGAUAUCCUCUGGCAGUUGUAGGCAGGAUGUUUCAGAAUCCCCUGAAUUGCGUCAGAAAUCACCAUUAUUUCAGUUUGCUGAGAUAUCUUCAAGUACGUCUCACCCUGAUGCUUCUUCAAAGCAGUGUCAAGCCUCAGCCUUGUUUCAGUUUGCAGAGAUUUCUUCAAACACUUCGCAGCUGGGUGGUGCGGAACCUGUGAAACGCUAUGGAAAAUCUGCACUCUUUCAACUGGCAGAGAUGUGUCUGGCAUCAGAGGGGGUUAAAAUGGAGGAAUCAAAGCUAAUGAAGGCAAAAGAAUCAGAUGGUGGAAGAAUUAAAGAAUUGGAGAAGGGAAAGGAACAAAGAGAAAUAAAAAUGGAGAAAACAGAUGAAGCCAGGUCACAGAAGGAAGCAGAAUUUGAAAAAUCAGCUAAGGAAAAUGUAAGAGAUUCUAAGGAACUAAGAAAUUUUGAGGAGCUACGAAUGGAUGAUACAAUGGAUAUAAAAGUGGAAGAUCCCAAAGAAAUUAAAAAGGAAGAACUAGAAGAAGAUCAAAAAUGUAGUCACUUCCCUGAUUUUUCUUAUUCUGCCAGUAGCAAGAUAAUAAUAAGCGAUGUUCCCAGUAGAAAGGAUCAUAUGUGCCAUCCUCAUGGAAUUAUGAUCAUUGAGGAUCCCACAGCAUUAAACAAACCAGAGAAACUAAAAAAGAAAAAGAAGAAAAGCAAAAUGGAUCGACAUGGAAAUGAUAAAUCCACACCCAAGAAGACUUGCAAAAAGAGGCAGUCUUCAGAGUCUGACAUUGAGAGUGUUAUAUACACCAUUGAAGCCGUUGCAAAGGGAGACUGGGGCAUCGAGAAACUUGGAGAAACCCCUCGCAAGAAGGUCCGCGCAUCUUCAAGUGGCAAGGGAAGCAUUUUGGAUGCCAAGCCACCAAAGAAAAAAGUGAAAUCAAGAGAGAAGAAAAUGUCAAAGGAGAAAUCCUCAGACACCACCAAAGAGUCAAGACCUCCAGAUUUCAUUAAUAUUUCUGCCAGCAAGAACAUUUCUGGUGAGGUGCCAGAGGGUAUAAAAGCAGAACCAUUGACCCCCACGGAGGAUGCAUUACCACCGAGCCUAUCUGGACAGGCCAAGCCUGAGGAAAGUGACUGUCACAGAAAAAUAGAGACUUGUGGCUCCCGGAAAUCUGAGAGGUCUUGCAAAGGUGCUCUUUAUAAAACCCUGGUGUCUGAAGGCAUGCUCACCUCUCUGCGAGCUAAUGUUGACAGAGGGAAACGAAGCUCAGGAAAAGGAAACUCCUCUGACCAUGAAGGGUGUUGGAAUGAAGAAAGCUGGACGUUUAAUCAGAGUGGGACCAGUGGGAGCAAGAAGUUCAAGAAGACCAAGCCAAAGGAAGAUUCUCUCCUUGGCUCAGCAAAGCUGGAUGAAGAAUUUGAAAAGAAAUUCAACAGCCUCCCUCAAUACAGUCCUGUUACAUUUGACCGGAAAUGUGUACCUGUCCCAAGAAAAAAGAAGAAGACUGGAAACAUGGCCUCGGAACCGACUAAAACCAGCAAAGGUCCUUUCCAGUCUCAGAAAAAGAACUUAUUCCACAAAAUUGUCAGCAAAUAUAAGCACAAAAAGGAGAAGCCUAAUGUUCCGGAAAAAGGAAGUGGGGAUAAAUGGUCAAACAAGCAACUCUUCUUGGAUGCCAUUCACCCUACAGAAGCCAUAUUUUCAGAAGACAAAAACACCACAGAGCCUGCUCAUAAGGUUAAAAAUGCCCUAUCCAUUCCCAACACUCCAGAGCCAACAACAACUCAAGAACCCUUGGUGGGCAGCCAAAAGAGAAAAGCAAGGAAAACCAAGAUCACUCACCUUGUCAGGACAGCAGAUGGCCGGGUGUCACCAGCAGGAGGUACUUUGGAUGACAAACCAAAGGAACAACUGCAGAGGAGUCUCCCUAAAGUGACCGAGUCCGGCUGCGGUGAUGACUGCUCACACAACACUGAGGCCGCGGAGACGCGGAGCAGCACUCCGGAGAUGCCAGCCGUGUCUGCGUUCUUCAGUCUCGCCGCGCUGGCUGAAGUGGCCGCCAUGGAGAACGUACACAGAGGUCAGAGGUCCACUCCGCUCACCCAUGAUGGACAGCCAAAAGAAAUGCCACAGGCUCCUGUACUUAUUUCCUGCGCUGACCAGUGA